AAACUGAAUAUAGAAUAGCUAUUGAUUUAUUAGAUAAUAUAAUUUCUGCUACUUUGGAUAAUGCAAUUUUAUUUAGAUCUGGUUCAUUUAUGGAAUAUACAGAAACAAUUUUUAGAAUUUGA